AUGGCCUGGUUAUCCGGAUACAGGGCACUAGGAGGCGAGACGCCCAGCAAUUCGCCUCUCCACAUUGUUCUCCAAAUCUUUAUCCUUCAGUGUUUUUAUUACUUAACUGCACUCACCAUUUUCUACUUGGUGGCACUGCUCAACGGUUACGAAUUCUCCAUUGACUGGAUCUUUUCAUGGGAGCUUAUCGAGCCAGAUAAUGCUAUGGGGCUCACCCUAUUUGCCAUGUGGCUCAUAGACUCACUCCUUUGUGUGUUAUUCGUGACCAUUAUCGUGGGCCGGUCCAAAUUGGCAUGGGAUUUUGCCGUGACCGUUCACAUUAUCAACUUGGCCGUAGUGUGGCUAUACACGGGACGGUUUCCGACGCUGCUUUUAUGGUGGUGUUUGCAGAUAUUGAGCGGAGUGCUCUUGGUUACGCUUUCGACAUACUCAACGCGAUGGAAAGAGCUCAGAACGACGUUUUUCGACAAUAUGCUCGAGCAACAGGAAUUGGGUCAAGUACAACACCCUGAAGGUAUCCAAAUGAAGGAUUUGAGUGGAAGUCUGAGCUGA